CGCUCGGAUUGGUUUUGCUGACUGGGGGGAACAGCAGAGGAACGUGCCUCCAGCCCCGGAGGGAGAGCGUGGCUGCGGAGAGCUCGGCCGCUAGGCAGGAAAUGGAUUUCGCAGCAUGAUCGUCGCCGUGUUUGCUUCGGCUUCUUCACCCUCUUCUGCGAGAUUGAUUCGCGAGAGAGGCUGCCGUUCUCCGUAGGUUAACUUCAGAGUUGCAUUCAGAAUCUGGAGGCCUUUGGUUAACAUGAAGAAAAGCAGAGGACGGACAUGCCGAAAGAGACUAAGAAAACAAGCUAGAAAUUUUUCCUUAAGUGGUGUAAAUCUUGGACACAAACGUGAAUACAUACUCCUUAAGAAGUGGCUGAAAGAAAGAGGCUAUAAUGAUAAUCAGUUAAAGCCAGCACAAUUUCCAGAAACAGGAAGAGGGCUGAUGACCACAAAAACUCUUCAGGAAGAAGAGUUGAUUAUUUCAUUGCCUGAAGAAUGCUUGCUCACCACUAAAACUGUACUUAACAGUUACCUUGGAGAAUACAUUGCAAAAUGGAAGCCCUCCAUUUCUCCUUUGAUAGCACUCUGCACAUUUUUAGUGGCGGAGAAGUAUGCUAACAAGAAAUCUUUGUGGAAACCAUACCUGGAUCUCCUACCUGAAACAUAUACCUGUCCUAUUUGUUUGGAGCAAGAAACUGUGAACCUUUUUCCUGAGCCACUAAGAAGGAAGGUCCAUGAACAAAGAGAACUGGUUCAGGAACUGUUUGUUUCAUCCCAGCCUUUUUUCACUUCCUUGCAGCCUUUGUUUCGUAGAGAUGUGGUGUGUCUCUUCAGCUACACUAACUUCCAGUGGGCUUGGUGUACCAUCAAUACAAGAACAGUAUACAUGAAACAUUCACAGAGGGACUGUUUUUCUAGAGAGCCGGAUGUGUAUGCCUUAGCCCCAUACUUGGAUCUGCUAAAUCACAGUCCAUCUGCCCAGGUGAAAGCGGCAUUUAAUGAAAAGACAAAGUGUUAUGAAAUAAAAACACUUUCACACUGUCAAAAAUACAAUGAAGUAUUUAUCUGCUACGGAGCUCAUGAUAAUCAGCAUCUGCUUCUAGAAUAUGGCUUUGUUGCCAGCUGCAACCCUCACAGCACGGUGCAUGUUGGGACAAAUACCUUACUUAAAUAUCUUUUUCCAGAAGAUAAGCAGAGGCAGAUGAAACUUUCCAUUUUACAAGAACACAGACUUUUAGAUGAUCUGACAUUUGGUUGGGAUGGACCAUCUUGGAGGCUUCUUACAGCACUCAAAUUGCUAUGUCUUGAAGCAGACCAAUUUACUUCCUGGAAGAAAGUUCUACUUGGUGAGGUAAACUUGGAGAGGAAUGAAAAGAAGAGUUUGGACCUUGCAACAAAAAUAUGUAUGUCAUUAAUAGAAGAAACUCAGUAUGCACUUCAGAAGGUUUCUCUGUUAAAACAUGAUCAUGUGCACCUUGUAGACCAGCUAAGUUUGGUAGAGGCAUUGCGUACUGAAGACCUACAAAUCUUGCAACUGUCGUCUCAGAUACUUCAACGUUUACUUUCCUCAACUAUUUGAUCUCCUUGAAGUAGAAUUUAAUCUUGGAAUACAAUCUUCGAUAGGCAGUUAGGGCAGCUUUCAUAGCAGAAGCCACAAGCAUUAUUUAUCAUUUACCUCCCCCACACCCAAAAAAAUCAAACCAGCAUUUCUAGGGUAAGGGAGCACUAUAAAAAUGAAGAGAAGAAAUAGAAAUCCACAAAUCCUAAAAGUCCUUUCACUUAAACUAAAAGUUACAAAUAACUGAGGGAAGAUGCUUGCUGGACAGGAUGGUUUUGUAGUAGAUAACAAUGAGGUCAGAUGCUUUUGUCUGUAAAGACUAUUCUAUGUGCCUCAGUAGAGGCGGCCAUUUUGUCUCCACCAACUUAACCUUCAUCAACAGUACUGGAACAAGAAAAACCUCAGACUGAACAAUGUUCCUGAACUGGUUGUUGUGGGAAGAGGUGGGUUAGAUACUUAUUUUGGAAUCCCUAUUAAUAGUACAUUAAGAAACCAGGAGAGCUCAGUGUUAGUGUAAGAACCUUCUGGUCUAAUAUACUUCACUGUCAGGGGAGGAAGGCUUUGUAUUAAAGCAGAUCCCACUACCCUCUUUUAAUAGGGGAAUUCAGCAUGUGACUUGUUACUGUGUAUCGCUAAUACAAGGUCAACAAAUGUGUAUGUAUAUGCUAGUUUAUAUUAAACUUGUCACCAGUUAAAGGAUUCAUCUCAGAGCCAAGUGUUUCAGAGGUUUUUGCAGGCAUUUUAGAACAACUGAGUAAUUAAGGACAGGCAUUACAGUGUAGUGAACAUAUUGAUUUUUAACUUGAUAGCUUUACUUUUUAGUGUACCAGUUUGCUUUUACUUGAAACUCUGAAGACAGCUCUAUUGGUUCUAUAUAUAUUAAAUAUAUUUUUCAACAUUGUAA